AUGGCCGCGGGCUGCGGGAGAUGCUUCGGGGCCUUCCUCCUCUUCCUGGCACUGACCAGCUUCCUGCUGACCAGCUUUCUGCACCUGGACGUGGGGCUGCUCACUCCCCUGCUGGAGGGCCAGGCCGAGGGGCCGCCCGUGACCAACAUCAUGUUCCUGAAGACGCACAAGACCGGCAGCAGCACGGUGCUCAACAUCCUCUUCCGCUUUGCCGAGACGCACGGGCUGUCGGUGGCCCUGCCCAGCGGCCAGCGCUUCCACCUGGGCUACCCUUGGCUCUUCCUGGCGCAUUACGUGGAGGGCGUGGGGGAGGCCGGCAGCCCCCAGCGGCGCUUCAACAUCCUGUGCAACCACCUGCGGUUCAACCUGCCGGAGGUGCAGAAGGUCGUGGCCAACGACACCUUCUACUUCUCCAUCCUCAGAAACCCCGUGUCCCAGCUGGAGUCCGCCUUCGCCUACUACCAGGGCUACGUGCCCGCCUUCAGGGCCGCGGGCAGCCUGGAGGCCUUCCUGGCCGCGCCCUGGACCUACUACAACGCGAGCCGCAGCCUGCGCAACGCGCACGCCCGCAACAACAUGUGGUUCGACCUGGGCUUCGACCCCGACGCGCCGGCCGAGGAGCGCUACGUGCGCGCGCGCCUGGCCGAGGCCGAGCGGCGCUUCCCGCUGGUGCUGAUCGCCGAGCACUUCGACGAGUCGCUGGUGCUGCUGCGGCGCCUGCUGCGCUGGCGGCUGGACGACGUGGUGGCCUUCAGGCUCAACGCGCGCGGCCCGGGCGGCGCCCGCCUGUCCCCCGAGGGCCGCGAGCGCGCGCGGCGCUGGUGCGCGCUGGACUGGCGCCUGUACCAGCACUUCAACCGCACCUUCUGGGCGCGCGCGCUGGCCGCUGGGCCCCGCCGGCUGCGCGCGGACGUGGCGCGGCUGCGGGCGCGGCGGCGCGAGCUCGAGGCCCUGUGCCUGCAGGACGGCGCGCCCCAGGGCCCCGCGCGCAUCGCCGACCCGCGCCUGCGCCCCUACCAGUCCGGCCCGGCGGGCAUCCUGGGCUACAACCUCCGGCCGGGGCUGGGCCCGCGGGCGCGGCGGCGCUGCCAGAGCAUGGCCACGCCCGAGCUGCAGUACAUGGCGCGCCUGUACGCCCGGCAGUUCCCGGAGAAGCCGCCCAAGACCAUCCCCUUCCUGGAGGACUAG